AUGCCCGACUACGACGACGAUAUGCUCCCUCCACCUGCGACUCCUUUACAGGACCGUACCUACGGCGGCAACAACGCAUUUCACAACUUCUUUAACGACUUUUCUCACAUCUCUGAUCCUAACCUACGCCGAAGGCUUGCCUUGUCCGAGAUUGACAAGGUCCCUUUUGGCGCAUACCAUGUUCGCGCAGUAUUAGUGGCAGGCGUUGGAUUUUUUCUCGACUCCUACGACAUCUUUGCCAUCAACCUUGUAACUGCUCUGCUCGGUGUUGUCUUCUGGGGUGACCCAAACCCCCAGAACGGCUUCAGCGGCAACAAUGGAUACCUCCCCGACCCGGUGAACCAGGCCUUCAAAGCUUCUACCAGUGCAGGAAUCGUCAUUGGUAUGGUUGUGUUUGGCUGGUUGGCAGAUGGCUUUGGAAGACGUCGCAUGUACGGUGUCGAAUUAGGGAUCAUCAUCCUAGCGACGCUUUGCUGCUGUCUCAUCUCCUCAAGCCCAGCCAUGGGUUCAACUGGCUUGCUCAUCUUCUGGCGGAUCAUCAUGGGCAUUGGUAUCGGUGGCGAUUAUCCACUAUCCAGUGUAAUUACGUCGGAAUUUUCGCCGACGAGGUGGCGCGGCGCCAUGGUGGCUGCCGUCUUUUCCAUGCAGGGUCUUGGACAGCUUGUUGCAGCCAUCGUGGCCCUUAUCACGACUGUCGCCUUCAAGGAAUCAUUUAUCGGUGCUGCUAACGAGAGCAAAUGCGGAUACGAAUGCCGCCUAGCUGCCGACCGAGCAUGGCGAAUCAUCAUUGGAGUGGGCGCAGUACCGGCCUGCAUUGCUCUCUAUUACCGUAUCACCAUCCCCGAAACGCCUCGAUAUACCUUUGAUAUCGAACACGAUGUGGAAAAGGCUGAUGCCGAUAUCAAGGCAUAUGUGGCGAGCAAAUCAAAGGGCUCGUUCGAUGUGGUACACCAAGUCAGGACAAAACGCAUUGCUGGGCGCAAUCUCAACGUGCCACGCGCCUCUUGGUCUGACCUUGUCGCCUUCUUCCGUAUAUGGGCUAAUUUCAAGAUGCUCCUGGGCACUACAUUGUCCUGGUUCUUCUUGGAUCUCGCAUUCUAUGGCCUUGGCCUCAACAACACCGUAGUUCUUCAGGCAAUCGGCUAUGGCACAGGCGAUACGCUUUACGAAAAACUUCACAACCAGGCAGUGGGAAUGAUCAUCUUGACCUGUGCAGGCUCUCUGCCUGGCUAUUGGACUGCCAUCUUUACUAUCGACACCUUCGGUCGCAAGCCACUCCAGGUGAUUGGCUUCCUUCUCCUCACCAUCCUCUUCUGCAUUCUCGGAUUCGCAUACAAAAGCUUGACGCGGGGAGCCUUGCUUGCCCUGUACAUCAUUGGCCAGUUUUUGUUCAACGCUGGCCCAAACACGACUACGUUUAUUGUCCCAGGAGAAUGCUUUCCUACGCGAUAUCGAUCUACGGGCCACGGAAUCUCGGCGGCUAUGGGCAAGAUUGGAGCUAUCAUUGCUCAGUGCAUCAGCAUACCUCUGGUGCGUAAGGGUUCCGCCGAGGAUUGUAAGGGUGCCGAAUGCUCGCCAAACCUGCACCGUCUUCUCCAGCUCUUUGCACUGUUCAUGCUGUUUGGUACUCUUGUCUCACUCCUGAUCCCUGAGACCAAGGGAAUGACGCUAGAGGAGCUUUCGGGCGAGCCGCGUACGAGUUACAAUGCAGGCUGCAAUGGCAGCAUCAGCCUUGGCUCCCCAAAACUAAGGGCAUGGAACCCCUUCCACGGUGGUCAACCUGCAGGAUUCUCGUAUCCCCGAUCGCGACCAGGUCAUUUCUCUAAGCAUCGAAAGUCGGACCGUGUUGGAAUCAUGACAUCACCCGAGCUAAUGGCAGAGACGUCUCGACUUCGACGACCCCGUUUUUGGAGGAGACACCGCAAGGCCAAGUCAAGUAACGGAACGAACGAGAUUGCGCUGAGCACGCGCAGCUCAGGAACAACAGACGACGACAUCUUCCCGGCAGGUGCUCCGGUGCCCGCUCCCAUGAGCCCCCCGCAACCCCCGCCAAGCUGGGGAGCCGGUUGGGGACGGAUCGACCGAGGAGGACCGCCGCCGUUAUUGAACUCGGUGCAGCUGCAGGAUGUCGGCAGCUUGCUUGCAAAAUAA